AUGGCCAAAGGUGGAAAAGGCCCUAAGGGCAAGAAGAUAACCCUCAAUGUGGCUAAGAAUUGUAUCAAAAUCACAUUUGAUGGGAGAAAGCGCCUCGACUUGAGCAAGAUGGGAAUUACGAACUUCCCUAAGUGUAUUCUGAGACUCAAUGAUAUAGAUGAGCUUGAUCUUAGCCGGAAUAUGAUCAAGAAGAUCCCUGAUUCAAUCUCCAAGUUCCAGAACCUACGGUGGCUGGACCUGCACAGCAACUACAUUGACAAGCUCCCUGAGUCCAUUGGCCAGAUGACUACUCUGCUCUACCUCAAUGUCAGCAACAACAGGCUGACUACUAACGGGCUGCCUGUGGAACUUAACCAGCUCAAGAACAUCCGCACUGUGAAUUUAGGCUUGAACCACCUGGACAGUGUGCCCACCACGCUGGGUGCUCUGAAGGAGCUCCAUGAGGUAGGACUCCAUGACAACCUGCUCAACAACAUCCCCAACAGCAUCUCCAAGCUGCCCAAGCUCAAAAAGCUCAACACAAAGCGAAACCCCUUCCCCAUGGCAGAGGAGGCUGAUGCAUUCAUAGACUCCAUCAAGAGGCUGGAAAACUUAUACCUGGUCGAGGCCAAGGAUCUGUGUGGGCCUUGCCUGAGAAAAUGCCAGCAGGCCCGAGACAAGCUGAACAGAAUAAAAAGCAUGGCUGUGACAACACCAAGAAAGGCCAUCUUCAGCAAUUUGGUCUCACCCAACUCCAUGGCCAAGGAGUCUCAAGAAGAUUGGAGGUGA